AUGUCAAAAGAGCACAAGUCAUUACUAACUGUGAUUGACGACUUGUCUGCGAUAAAGUCCAAUGUUCCUCAAUUACAAGCAACGUUCAAUAUCCUAAUGGCCAAAACUCCCACGCGGGAUCGAUACCAAUAUCUUUCGCAUCUAGCGUCAUCGGGUGUUCCCGGUGAGGCAGCAAGUGUCGUCUACAAAGUGCAAGCAUUGAUUCAAACUCCCCAAACCAAAGUUUCAGUGAGAUUAAGGGAAUUAUACGAUAUGAAGAAACUACCCAUGCUAGCAGCUUUGUCAAAAAUUGGGUUCAAACUGACACUUCCGGAGCAAGAAAGAGAAUUGGGUGCAUUUUUGGAUGCUGUACCAACUGAAGAAGAAAUUGUAAAUAAAGAUGAAUCAAGCGGCCGAGAUGCGCCGAAGUUGUCAGUUGAUUAUUUCUCAUAUCCACCAACUUUGCCAGUUAUUUCAAAUGAGCUACUACUAAUCAGAGUGGCAACAGACAAGUCUUACCGCCAAGCUAGUGAUUUCAUAGAACUGACAUCUGAGAAAUACACUAACUCGCACAAUGCCAAAUUGGCACUACGAGGUCGAGUUACGAUGGAGUUAAUCUUGUGGGAUCUUUUGGAUGAAAAGUUUCCCAAUAUGUAUGAGAAGGAUCUAUUGGUUAUACGCGAUAGAUUAAUGUCAUUGGAAGUAUUGGCUAAAUUUUCAUUUGGUUACAGCUUGGUCGAUGUGAUGAAGUACAAUCUAUCAGUGGAUGCUGAUGACGAAACAAAAAUGGAAGUUUGUGCAAACAUCUUUUUGGCAUAUAUCGCAGCAUUGGAAAUGGAUGGCUAUGAUUUCAAAGACAUCAAAUUGUGGUUGAAAAUUUUGUAUCAACCGUUAAUUUCUGACUUAUCUGAAUGGACAACACCACUAGCAAAAGUCGCUUUUGUUGAGUUUGAGUCCUUGCUCAAACUGAUUACAAAUGUGAACCGAUACCCUCAAAGUAUUGUGAAAUUUGAAAUUCUCGAAGUUCAAAAAGAUCCAUUUAUUGUACAGAUCAUCGUAGGCGAUGAUAGAGAAAUAUUAGGUGUUGGCGUAUCAUCCACAAGUUUUGACGACGCUAAAGAUCGUGCUGUGUUGGAUAUAAUGGAUGAUCAGGAAAAGGUUGUCAGAAUUUUCUCCAUCAUUAAGCAUCAUUAUUUGAGGACCAGAAAUGGUGGUAGAAUUGAAUCGGUAUCUGUGUUAGGACCAACAUUGAUGAAUGACGUGGCUUUUCAGCUGAUGACCCCAACUUGUACUCAAGUAAAUUACGUUUCAGCAGCUCCAUUGUAUGGAAAAAGCGUGCUGCCAUCAGCUCCAAGCUCACAGGGAAGUGCACCUUAUGUGACCAGCGGAAGUCGUAUUCCAUCAUCAAACCAAGUGAUGGACGCACUACCCCACGAUCAAAAUCAAGCGGUGAUACAAUAUAGCCAACAAAGUCCACCUUCCCAACCUAUGUAUACACAACAACAGCUGCCACCGUAUGAUCAACAAGGGUUCGCACAGUCACAGGGCCAUGGUCGCUAUUCUCCCCAAGAAACCUAUACUCUUUUGACUGAGAGACGAGGUAAUAACCAAUCAUCGGACUAUCAUUCUGAAAAUUGCGAUCAACAAGACUACGAACUUCAACAAACAUAUGAGACCAUUCCAUUGUCGCAUCGGGAAGUCGAUAUGAGAGCACGUAGUGACUUGUACGCAAUGUUAAGACCUUUACAAUUGAAAGCUGAAUACAAGGUUACUCAUGAAGGAACCGUGCACCAUGCAGUUUGCUCCUGCAAUCGAAUAGAUCUAGGUGCAGGUAUCGAUACUAGUAAACAAAAAGCAGCUCAAAAAUCAGCAAUGGCUGCUUUGAGCAAUCGUAAUGCUUUGAUCAAGCUCGGAGUAGUGCCUAGAAAUUGA